GAUCGCCUCGGGGAGAGGAGAAGAAAGAGUGGAAGAUGGCUACAACAGACGAGGUCGCAGGAUCGGCUCCAAAGAUAGUGUGGAACGAAGCGAAGCAGAGGUUCGAGUCAGAGGACCAGAAAGCCUACAUAGACUACGUUCUCAGAGAAAAGGGGAAAGUGAUGGACUUGGUUCACACCUAUGUCCCAUCUUCCAAGAGAGGCUUGGGCUUGGCCUCCCAUCUCUGCGUUGCCGCCUUCAACCACGCCAAAGCCAACUCCAUGUCCGUCAUCCCCACCUGUUCUUACGUCUCUGUAAGUAACCACCUACCUCCCCUUUCUGGGUUCCUCUUGAAUUCUCAGUUGUGUGUCAUCAAACAUGGUUUUUUGAUUUGGGGAUUUUUAAGCUGA